AUGCCCGCGGUAAAACAUCCCUGCCUGCAGUGCAAAGAGAAGCACGUCAAAUGCGACGAGGAGCAGCCCAAAUGCCGUCGGUGUCAGUCCAAGCAGCUGCCGUGCUCGCGGCCUACGCGCAGGACCGUCUUCAAGCACGGCUCCGUCGCGAGCUUUGCCAAGGACCAGAAAUGGGUCAACAGCGAGGCCAGACACUUCCGCUUCCAUCCGCGCGGCGGUGCCACGGCGACGGCGCCUCGUGAGCGGCGGCACCAGCAGCACACUCCGCCCAACAGCGGCGGCGAACGGGUCGCUGCCGCCCGGACCUCACCGGCCCUGACCGACCUCGCCGCCGACGACGUCCGCGACUCCCCCGCCCUGUCCCCGAGCGGCUCGCCCCUGGACGGCCGGCCUGUCCACCACCACCACCAGCGGCCGGGCACCCGCGGGAGCGUGCCGCUGCCUCCCUUGGACCGCAGCGUCACCAUCGAGCUGGCGUACGAUCUCGAUAACGGCUGCAGCGACACCUUGCCGCGUCCCGCCACCACGAUGCCCUCCAUCGCCUACCUCACCUCGUCGCCCAGCAGUCACGUCUCGCCUCGCUUCCACCAUGAGCACAGUCGCACUGAGGGCAGCACAACCACCACAACCAGGCUCAUGUCGUCGCCGCGCCCGUCAUCGUACCUGCAGCAGCACGGGUCGCCCGCCAGCUGCAACAGCAGCACCUUUGCGGGGCCGCCGCCGCCGACUUCGAGUAGCAUCAUCAUGCAGCCCGGCCUGCUCGGCGGCGACGACGGCAGCUGCCGGCCGUUUCCCCUGCGCGAUGUGCAAGAGGCCUGUCUGCUGCGUUACUUUAUCGAGGAAAUGUCGCAUUGGUUUGACCUUUGCGACGAGGACCGCCACUUCCAGCUCAUCGUCCCUGUCUGCGCCCGCAAGCACCCCCAUCUCCUCGACGCCAUCUUCGCCGUGGCCGCUCGCCACCUCAGCCGGCUGCCGCAGUACAAGACCCCCCACGGCAUCCUCUACCACGGCCAGCUGCUGCCCAACCUAACGGAGCACGCGGCCGUUGAGUACAUGCUCAAGUGCAUCCCCGCCCUGCGCCAGUUCCACGACAUCCAGGACGACGACUAUCGCGACAGCAUCAUCACCACGGCCGUCAUCCUGCGUCAGCUCGAGGAGAUUGACCACGAGGACGACGCGCACGGGGGGCCCAUGCAUCGGUCCGUCAACUUCCUCGCCAUCAUCGACGCCGUCCUGCGCAGCCUGCCCUCUCAGACUGCCUUUGGCCAGCGCAGCCUCAUGCAGGCCGCCUACUGGAUGGCCCUGCGCCAGGAGAUAUUCAACUCGUUUACCCGCCGCGAGGCCCCGCAGCUCAUGCUGCCCCCGGAGUUUUGGCACAGCGCCUCCCAGGCGAACAAGGUCGUCAUGCACCUCGUCCAGACGGCCAAGUGGCACUGGGGCGGCGGCAGCGAGCAAGAGUGGGUGCGCCUGGCCAAGCAGCAAGAGCACCUCGAGCAGCACAUCCUCAUCAACUUCCGUCCCCUGUUCCAGCGGGCCGCCGACAAAUCCCGCGGCGAAAUCUUCCCGACGAUAUGGUACGGCUCAAACAUUGAAGUGACGAGCGUCCAGCUGGGCCUCAUUGCCAAGGCCGUCCUCGUCGCCGAGAAUCCGUCCUUGAGAAACCCCGUGGCCUCUCGCGCCAACUGGAGACAGGUCGAAAACGAGGUCCGCGUCCUGCUGCUUGACCUGUGCGGUGUCGCCCUCUGCAACCCGGCCUCGCCCCCUGCCUUGGUCCAGGCCGCCCUUGGCAUCGGCGUGUACAGCGACUUCUUCACCGACCCGUAUGAGCGGCAGGCUAUCCGCACCGUCGUCGAGAGAUACCGCGACACCCACGCCUGGCCCGUGCAGCGGCUACUAGAAAUGUUCCAAUAG